GCGGGCUCGGCCGGCUGCUGGCGGCAGCGGGGCCAUGGCCGCCGACGUGUUCAUGCGGCCGGCUCGGCUCCUCGGGGCGGCGGGGCCGCUGUCCCCCCGCACGGAGCCCGAUGAAGACUCGUCGGACACGGACGACGGCGGCACCUCGCCGGGCGGAGGGCGGCGGUGCGGGCCGCGGCGGGGGCAGCCCCCAGGCCCCCAGAUCAUCCAUUCGGGCCACUUCAUGGUCUCGUCGCCGCACAGCGAGCACCCACCCAAGAAGGGCUACGACUUUGACACGGUGAACGAGCAGACCUGCCAGACUUACCAGUUCGGGGCGGCCCGGGGCGGUGGCGGUGCCGGGGGCCGCCUCAGCAUCGACGCCUCCCUCACGAAGCUCUUCGAGUGCAUGUCCCUGGCCUACAGUGGGAAGCUGGUUUCACCAAAAUGGAAAAACUUUAAAGGCUUGAAACUUCAGUGGAGAGAUAAAAUCCGACUCAACAACGCCAUCUGGAGGGCAUGGUACAUGCAGUACCUGGAGAAGCGCAAGAAUCCUGUGUGCCACUUUGUGACCCCACUGGAUGGCUCUGUUGAUGUUGAUGAACAUCGUCGGCCAGAGGCCAUUGCAACAGAGGGGAAAUACUGGAAACGAAGGAUCGAAAUAGUCAUCAGGGAAUACCACAAGUGGAGAACAUACUUCAAGAAAAGGUUACAGAAACAUAAAGAUGAAGAUCUUUCAAGUUUGGUCAGGGAUGAUGAUGUAUUUCUCUGGCAAAAAAGAAGGUAUGGCAGAGAAACUCCUGUCCCAAUGGAGGAAGGCAGCCUCUUGGAUGCAGACAUGCUUAUGUCUGAGUUCACUGACACACUGUUCUCCACGCUGUCUUCACAUCAGCUGGUUUCCUGGCCAAAUUCCAGAGACAUAGCACACUUAGGAAAUGCUGACAUGAUUCAACCAGGGCUUAUUCCUCUCCAGCCAAAUUUUGAUUUUAUGGAUACUUUUGAGCCUUUUCAGGAUUUAUUCACGCCCAGUCGUUCCAGUAGUUACUUCCCUUCUGUAUCCGCUGUCAGCUCAGCUACAACAGAGAGCAGCAGCCAUUCUUCCCAGUCUCCUGUUCUGUCAUCAGGUUCGUUGCCCAACACACUUCCAGCAGGGAACAUCAGUGACGGACUGAUUACUUCCUCAGUACCUGCUCCUGUCAUUCCUGAUGUUGGCACCGACCAGUGUUCCAGCAUUAGAAGUGAGGGAUCCUUCAUCCAUCCCAACUCCUCUCUCAGCGGGCCACAAACUUUUAUGCCAGUGUUUCAGACACCCUUGCCACUGCUUCAACCUGCGACGCAACAGCACCAGUCCCCGUUGCCUGCAGUGCCUCUGAAUUCCAGCUUAAGCUCUCCACCAGCUGCAUUUGCUGCCCCAGAAGCCCAGAAGUUUGGUCUCUGUGAAUCUACAGUUAUCACCCACACAGCUUCAGCUACGUUGACCCACAAUGCCCCUGCCACCACCUUCAGCCAGAGCCAGAACCUUGUUCUGGCAACGCAGCAGCCAGGUGCGGGAGUGCCUUGUAACCUGACUUUCCAGACUACUGUCCUGCAGGGGCAGCCCCGGCCCCAGCUGCAGUCCCAACUGACUUUUGCACUCCCUAAAGCUGUUCCUCUGGCCAGUGCUGGGACAAAGCCCAAACAGUCACAAAAAAUAGUGCCUGCUCCGAAGCUUGAAACAGUGUCCUUAUUGUUAAAGAAUGCCUUCAUCACCCCAGCUGCCUUUCAGGGACAGUCCAGAGCUGUGAUUGUAACUCCAGCACCUUUAAAAAGAGAGGGGAUUUUGACGCCAACCACGUCUCAGUCUAAUGUUGCAAUUGCACCAGCUGGAAUUGUCAGAGCUCCCGGGAUGACGGAGUUCCGUAGUAACAUUCUGGUUGGUCCAGCACAGCGAGCACCAAGUAGUCAACAAACCCAGUCCACAGUCUCACAUCUCUUCUCUCCUAGUGUAGUCCAGGAUGUGUUGGUGAAAGGAGAGAAAAUCUCUUCCCACAGUAGCAGUUCACAAGUUCCCUCACCUACACCUAGCCGAGACUGUCAGAAUUCAGGCCAAGCUUCCCCCUGCACCUCUGAGCAGACCCCCAGUCCACAGUCUCCCCAGAACAGCUGCUCUGGAAAACUUACCACUGACCCUAAUAUGGCUGCAAUUAAGAACCGAAGAAUGAAGCAUAUUUCAGAACAGAAAAGAAGGUUUAAUAUCAAGAUUGGUUUCAGUACUCUGAACAGCUUGGUGACAACCAACUCCAAGUCGAUCAGCCAUGCAAUCACGCUCCAGAAAACAGUAGAAUAUAUCGCUAAGCUACAGCAGGAAAGAAUACAGAUGCAAGAGGAAACCAGGCGCCUUCGGGAAGAAAUCGAGGAGCUAAACGCUGCCAUCAUUUCUUGUCAGCAGCAGCUCCCUGAUACUGGAGUUCCUGUGACGCGGCAGAGAUUUGACCACAUGAGGAGGAUGUUUGAUGAGUAUGUGAGAAGCAGGACCCUGCAGAACUGGAAGUUCUGGAUUUUCAGCAUUAUUAUUAAGCCAUUGUUUGAGUCCUUCAAUGGGAUGGUUUCCACCACAAGCUUUAAGGAUCUGAAUCAAACUGUAAUGGCCUGGUUGGAUCAGCACUGCCCUCUUCCUGUUCUGAGGCCAAUGGUGCUGAACACCCUCCGGCAUCUAAGUACAACCACCUCAGUUCUGUCAGAUCCAUCGCGCCUGCCAGAGCAAGCUACUGAGGCAGUCAUCAAGAUGAAUAAAUCAGCUGGCGAAACCUAACAACCAAAGACACUGAGUUGCUUGUACAAGGGAUGGAGAACCUGCCAGCCUGGCAGCCUGGCGAGUCUCCUUUCAGUUGGUGCACUUUAGAAAGAGUUCUCUCCAUCGCCCGAGACGUUGUUCAGGGCUUCUGGCUCUGCCUUCAGAACACAGAGGUGUGAUGCAACGUUGUCAUAAUGUUUUGAUUCCUCUUCAGUGCUGUGCUGUACUCCAUUAAGUGAGAAAACACCAAGCUCAGGUAAAUUUUAGCAGGUUUGAGUCCUGCGGGCAGCAAUAUAUCUCCAUCAAUGCAGCAUGUGUCUGUAUGCAACAAACUUAUUUCUAUGAAACAGCUUCAAGUACUGAGUUCUCUGAAGUGUAAAUCUUGUACACCAAGGAAUGUAUUUCAAGGAGAUAUAUACUUUGGAUUUUGUGAAACAAAAUGUGCUUUUUAUUUUAGUUUCUGGUAUUCAGUUCCAUUUGUUCUACUUGAAUAGUGAAAACUGUUAAACAGGAUCAUAUAAAAACCAAAGGAGAAGAAAAGUCCAUCAGUGAUGUCACCUCAUGACAAAAAAAUACUAGAAUUAAAAUCUCAGGCUCUGUUUUGUGUAUUUUUAUUUUAGGGAGUGUAUCAUUGCAAUAUGAUCAGUUUCAAGACAUGCUGUAUUUUCUAGCAAGUAAAGGAGCUGAUUAUCUUCUUGAUAGAGGCAUUACAGGUGAGCAGCAGGCCAUGCAGUCAGUGCCAGAAAGCAGUUUUAGAUUGCAGAGACUCUGAACUGUUUUCUUGCACUCUGCAGAGCUCAGCUGCCUUCCUCAUAAAGUGUAUGCAUAUAAAACACACCUACAGAGAAAUGGAGUAGUGCUUCAGAGACAAGAACUGAGUUUGUAAUGGGUAAAAAAAUGGCUUUUUUGUUAUCUCAGAAACUCUAUCAAACCAUGUGGACAUUUACUUCACCUUUUUUUCUGGUUCUUUUUGCCUUCUGUCUGAAAAACCUGAAGCACUUAGAGCUCAUCUUAGUCUCUGUGGAGGCUUAGGUUCAAUUCUAACUAUGAAACAUUGAAAAAUGUGUUUAAAAUCCAAAAUACUACAGAACAUUUCUCUAACAGUCUCAGCAAGUUUCUGUGCUCUGUUACAACAGUAAUAACCUGUCCAUCCUGAGACAGCACUGGGAUAUUCGUUCCAGCUGAUUGUUCAUUCUCUGGAAUGAUCCGAUGACCCCUUGAAUUCCACAUUCUAACUGGUUCCGAUUCUCAAGAGCUAUGCAAACUGUGGGUAUUGUUUCCCUGGUACCCGCCCCCGAGUAGUUGUCUUCUAGGGUCAAAAGCAGACUUCCUGGAAAUAAUCAGCAGGCUGUCACAGUGGUAAAAAGAGGAGCAGUUGAAAUAUUUGGGCAUUGCACACGCUGAAAUGCGGUCAGUAGGUUCUCGGUCAGGGAAUGAAGUUUUUCUCAGCGUUGUCUCAAAUAUUCUCCACUUAGUGGGCCAAAGUUUAAAAAGAAACAAUAGCCUUGGGGAGCAGGGCUAAGCACGAGGAGAGCUUUUCUUUCUUCUUUGUCCUGAGAUACCGCAGCUAAUGGCUUUCAUUGCAGAGUUUGCUUAGGGGUGUGCAGGGCUGUAACAAGAAGAAAGCAUGAAGGUUAGCCCCAGGGCCCUAACCCUGAGCAGAGGCAUCUUGAGUUUAGAGGUCUGAACGGGGCUGCCGUGAAGAAAAAGAAUCAUAGAAUGGUAGGUAGGCGUUGGGAGGGACCUCCAGAGACUGAGUGCAACCUCCCUUUCAAAGCAGGAUCACCUGGGGCACGUCAGGAAGGAACACCUUCUGACAGGUUUUAAAAGUCUCUAGGGAAGGAGAUACCACAAAGUCUCUGGGCAGCCUGUUCAGGGCUCCAGCACCCUCACACUAAAGAAGUUUCUCCUCAUGUUCAGGUGAAACUUCCUGGGUUCCUGUUCGUAUCCGUUGCCCCUUGUCUAUCACAGGGCGCCACUGAAAAGAGACUGGACCCUUUUUCUUGGCAGUCACCCUUCAAAUAUUCAUAAACAUUAGUAAGAUCCCUUCUCAGUCUUCUCUUCUGCAAACUAAACAGCCCCAGGUCUCUCAGCCUUUCCUCAUGAGACACAUAUUCCAGGUCCUUAACCAUCCUCAUAGCCCUCAAGAGAAAACAAAAUGACAUUAGUUAAGUACCCACAGACCUUUCUGUAGCUGUGCAGGCAAAUGAGGAGAUGUUCUUUUUGUUUUCUUUUUUACAGUUGAUCUGAUUUAUCAUUUGAAGUUUAUGGCACAUGUGAAAACCUGUGUCUGUCUGACAGAACCACCAAAAAUCCAGGCUAAGGAAUAGUUUGUGGAAAUAGUGUAUAAAAGGUUGUCAUAGUAAGUAAAUAGUGAGUAGAUAUUCUGGGGCAAUCGGUAUCUAAGUCUUUCAUACAUGGUGUUCUGAUCAGUUAAGCAAUAUUUUUGGGAUUCAUCUCUGCAUAACAAGCAUUGAAGAAGUGCAAAUUCUUUUUGAAAUCAGUGCUGUAAAUCCUCCCAUUUUUACCAUUGGCUGUGAAUUUGAUUCCAGUAAAACCAUUUAAUCUUGUGAUUAGCUGGAAAGUGUCCCUCAAGUUCUCCCUUACUUGGUCAUGUCACCAUAUCUGCACAAGUACAGGCAUGUUAAAAGCAGGUAUCCAGUUUUCUAGAGAGAAACCAGUAGGCAAAUUGUCCAGGAACAGCCCAACUUGUGUUUUUUUGCUGUACUUUUCAGCUGAACAAAAACACCUCCUCUGCAGUGCGGUCUCCUGCUUGUCAGGCAAUGACUGUACUCAGUUUUUACCAUCACCACUCUCAAUGACACUAAGAGUUUUGUCUCAGCAAGCAAAGUGCACUACAGGCAUACUGCAAAGCUUGGGGAAGUCCGAUGAGCAUAAAUCCUCCCAUCUCUGAUCUCACUGAAUGGACUGGAAGCUGAAAGGGACCUUAAAGGAUUUAAAGGGGUAGUGUGAGUGAACUGCUAAAAAUUUUGUCCAUUAGCAGUUUUUAUGUGGCUGGAAACCCCACCAUGCACAUUGCACUGUCAGCUGGUUGCAGUUGGAGGGAAAGUGCUUAUUUUAAUAACUUGUGAUGGAGAAAGAAGCUCAUGGCACUAUUAAAAGACUGCAAAUUUUAAUAUAGAAAAAGGAAAAAAGAAGAUUGCUUACUUAGGCAAGCGUGUAGGAGGGAGGGAAGGAAAAGUGAAAAGAUGCUUUCCACGUAGUCCAUUUAGCAGAAAAUUAUGUGGCUGCUCUUUGGAGCAGUGAUUCAGUGUAUUUGUCUGAUUGCAAAUCAGAAUUCUUUUCUUUUAUCAGUCAGCCUUGUGAGGGUUGUGAUUUCACUUCAUUUGGAACCACAGGAGGAAAAAGCUGAUUUAUGUCUCACAUCUGCAGAGUAAAACUGCUGAGGAGUGGUAUGAAGAGAGUAUGACCACGUAUGUAUGAAUUCCUGCAUAGUUUUCCAUUUUGGUUUAUAUUUGAACUCCUUAGUCUGUCUUUCUUGCCCAUUGAGGAGUCUAAAUACUUUAUUGCUUUAAAAAUAGUUUUAGUAACAUUUUCUACCCUGCUUUAAGUGAUCUGAUUUCCUCAAUGUCACCAAAGUAUAUUCAUGCAAGCAAAGCACACAGUGCCUAUAAUCUACAUAGAACUACAGAUGAUGCACAUCUGUCUUCAGUGAAUUGGUGCUAAACUUUUAAAGAAUCCCCAUGUAAGUGAGUACAAGUCAUGCUUCAUCAAAUACAAUGUAUUUCACUUGAAGGAAUGGCUAGACAAAAUGACCUGUGAUAAGCACAAAGCCAGACUGAGAGGGUCUUAGUGGUUCCUUCUGACUUUGAAUUCUAUUAGUCAGUGUAUUUUAGAUGGCCCCCACUCCAAAGUCCAGUUCUGGAGAAUUUGUUCUGUUUUGUGGUGUAGUUAUUAGGCAUAUAUGAUGCUCCCCAUAAGCAGAAGGGGCAAGUGGUGGCAGUCCAGGACCAAACUAGAAUUGAAGGUAUUCAUGAGUGAUCAGAACAGAGACAAGUCCAUGUGUCAUCUUAGCAGUCUGAUCUUUGCACAAAACCAAAGGAUUAUUGAUUAAUACCAUUUGACCUGAUUGUUUGACAGGUUCUUCCAUACUUUUCUGGACCCCUUUGGAGGGCUUCCUUGAAGGGAGCUUCCUUUCAGUGUUUCCAUCUGUGCCUUAGACCUUGGCGUCCUGUAUGCAUUUGAUUUACCUUAAGUCAUGUGUUCUUCCCCUAAUUCAAUUAACUGAUAAAGUUGAGGCUUCCCUGGGUUUUAGGAGAAUGUUCUCUAGGUGAUGUUACUUUGUCCCCUUGAAACUGAGAUUGUCAAAAAUCCUCUGUGUGUGGAAAAAACUGCAUCCUUCCUGCUGACUUCACUAUCCUACACUCCUGUGUGCACAGGCACAUACACACACAUGUGCAUGCUGUCAUACCAGAAGCUUGGCAGAAACCCAGUAAACAUGCAGAUGCUUAAGGCUCUACCUCUAGAAUGGAUUGAAAAGACAAAGGGCUGGCAAACUGCAUCAAAAAGGAACAUCCUUUUGUAUUCUCUUGGGAAUGUAUGUGUAGUAGAGGAGACAGAGGCAGGUAAAUUUAGUUUUGUUUGCUUUUAAAGCACAAAACUCUUGAGCACUUUGAGAGCAGGAGAGGGAAGCUCUAUACAAAGAUGUUCAGCAAGAUAAUGCUUUUGGAGCACAAAUCAUUUGAAAGCUGUUUCACUUUCUGUUCCAUGCCUUGAUGUUGCCAGCUAGAAGAUACUGCUGAAAAUAAAAUGGGUUGUUACCUACUUAAACCUUUUCCUUCUCUUUUUUGGUUCUUUUCCAUCUUUAUUGCAUGGAAAAAUACACCCAGAAUAAAAAGGCUGAUGAUACCUGGUUGAGAUGCUUUAGGGACUCUGUCAGAUCCAUCUUUGAGGGCUAUGGACAACUGCUGGUGACUUUUAGGAGGGUUUUUUAUUAGGUGAGACAACAGGAGUCUUUCUGUUACUCUUCAAUUCAUACAUUUGAGUUUCAGAGGAGUUGAUUUGUUUUGAUGAUUGGGUUUGUUUUGUUUUGUUUUUUUCUUUUAUAGGGCUCCAAUAUUGUUUCCACAACACUAUUUAAGCACUAUUUAAGGUCUCAGAUUUCCUUUUGUUUCAUUCUUCGUUGGAUUUCUUGCUCAUUCACUGUGUGGGGCAGAAGUGGUAUUACUGAACUGUACUGAAUUGUGGCUUGAUCUGAUAAAUUUGAUUGGUUACAAAGAAACACAUCUUAGGUAUAUAAUAGAUUAACUUUCUAGCCAUUAUCUGGACUGGUUUUAUAACUGAACUUUUCCAACAUAAGGUUUUGAAUCAAAACACACCAAUGUUAGGAGCAAGCCUUUUAAGUAACAAUACAAUGAAUAAAUUGCUCUCUUUCUUCUUCUGACUUUGUAUUUAAAUGUGUUUUAAGUGAAUGGAGUUCAUACUUGUUAGAAAAAAGGGAAAAAAAAAGGCUUGGAGGUAUGAGGACUUCAGGUUGUGCUCUUGCUUUGCCUAGGUUUCCUGUUCUGUUGCAUGACACAACUUCUGUUGUGCUGUUGAUAUGUAGCACUUUCCAGUAGGUCUGUUCAAUUGUGCAAUGCAUUUUUUUUAUAUUUACAACCAAAACAAUAAAGGUUAUUUUUUGGAAGAAA